UCCUCCCUUUCCCAGACCCAGACAAGGGCACACACACAGACCGGCGACCGACCACGCUAUCUAGCCAACCAUUAAGUGUGUGUGUGAGGAAGUGUGUGUGUGUGUGUUUUUUUCUUCUUCUUUGAGUAGAAAGAAUGAAGUAAGGAAAAUAAGUUGGGUAUUUGCGCUCUGUGCCUGUGUUUGAUAACCCAGGAUCCCUUUUAAAAUCAUUUCACUUGACGGUGAAAACCUGGAAGUGGAAAGUUUAUAGCUGUGAAUAGUCACAGGACUUGGGUUUGCCAUGGGGUGUUGGUGGUGCUGGCUACUGGUAACCUUGCUAUGGGUUUCCACGAUAACAAACCCAUGCCUUGGCCAGAGUGGUGACAGUGGCGACUGGGGCUCUGGCUUCGAAGUCUCCAUGACAACCCUCAGCAGCAACAACAACACGUCCUCCUCCCAGGAGCCAGGAGAUUACCCCACGGGGUCAGAAACAGAGACAAGAGCAUCCUGGGUUGAAAUACUUCCACCUAAGCCAGUGUUCCACUACAACACGGAGGCAGAUGAGUGCUCCGUCCACUUCAGCACAAGUCAGGCUUCCGCCAGGCGCCUCAAGGCCCAGAGAGAAGAGUUGGCCUACCUGAAGGCUAUACAGCAUGGGAACCAGGCGGUGGUGGAGAACCUAGUCCAGUACAUAGGAGCAGAGCUGGGGGAGGAGCAGCGCUAUGAGGACGUCAUCGAGGAAAACAUAGUGGGCAUCAGGGAGGAGCAGCAGAGCUGUAAUGGUGUAGUCCAGAAGGUGAUGGAGGAUCUGGAGGGACAGCUGGAAGGAGAUGUACUGGAGGCUCUGACUGGGAUACAGAAAAUCAAAGAGGAGUCCCUGGCGUUCGAGGGCCUCUUCCAGGCAGCAGCAGACAUCGCCAUGAGGCUGGAUACCUUGUCUCAGACCCUCCACGCCUCCUUCACCAAACAGCUCAAAGACUCUCUCAAAACUUUACGUCGCUAAGGAGAUUGUCUGGUCUCAGAACUGUUUGUGCGGUCUCUCCAGUUCCUAUGGUCUUUGCUGUGACUCUUUUGUAGCCUGGUCUCAGAUAUGUGUGUGCAAGAGAGCACAAACAGCUAUUGGACCAGGCAACUAAGGCCUAGAUUAAAUCAGAUCAAGUGUAAAGCGGCAAUAGCCGACACCCACAUAGCUGAUGUUUUGGCGGAGGUGUAACUGCGUAGGAGCUUGUCAAAAAUGUGUUGAGCAGCAGCUCAUGUGAUCAUUGUCAUGAAGUUCAGAAGAAGCAAGAAUAGACCACAUAGAAAUAAUUACACUGAAACAAACAAAAACAAAUCUAUUAAGUAAUGAAGAUUUUAUUAGCCUUAUCGAGGUGUAGAUUACAUCUCAAACUCCGGUGUUCGAAAUUUCUCUGAAUGCGACUCCUCUGCAGCCAAUUGCAAUGUCCACUUUAGGUAUAAAUCUGGGAGCCGCUUGUGGAUUUGACAGUUCUAAUGCAUUCCACCUCUGCCGCUGCCAAAACAACCGCUAUGCAGAUGUCUGCUAGCGCAGAUCUGAUGGAAUCUAGCCCUAAGGAGAACUCUCUACUCUUCUUCUCUCCCUCCUACUCUUCUUCUCUCCCUCCUACUCUUCUUCCCUCCUUCCUGCUCUUCUUCUCUCCCUCCUACUCUUCUUCCUACUCUUCUUCUCUCCCUCCUACUCUUCUUCCUGCUCUUCUUCUCUCCUUCCUGCUCUUCUUCCUGCUCUUCUUCUCUCCCUCCUACUCUUCACUAGGCAAGUCAGUUAAGAACAAAUUCUUAUUUUCAAUGACGGCCUAGGAACAGUGGGUUAACUGCCUGUUCAGGGGCAGAACGACAACCUUCCGGUUACUAGUCCAACGCUCUAACCGCUAGGCUACUCUGCCGCACUCCUACCCUUCUUCCCUCCCUCCUACACUUCUCCUUCCCUCCUUCAGGCUACUAUUACAACCUUCAGCAUCUGUGUCUCUCGUCAAAACCUAGAGGUGUGUAGUUUCUCUCCUAAACAGAUGCUCUGACAGGCAUGUUCUUUCUGCUCAGUGUACUUUAAGUGAACCGUGAGUGUGCUGACAGCUAUGGAAUAAAUGGUAGAGGAUUUAUGCUGAGAUUUUGGACCAGAGAUUUGUAAUGAACAGUCACUGUACUGUACUGUAGCUGUUUAAUACAGUAGCACUCAUGUGUGACCAAACGCUAUCAAAGACAAAAUGCCAAGUCAGUACUUUUUCUGUUUACAAAUAUUCCCAAAAACAUUAAGUUGUUCAUACUGAGCAGUUCAGCAUAUAAUUAUAUCAUAGUAUGUCAUGUAUUUCAAACCAGAUUUUCCAUCCAGUAAAUUGCUAUUAUUACUGGAUUUUUUUUUUUUUUAAAUAUGUCAGUCGGAAGUUUUGAAACCAAAUAUAUUUGGUUACGACCCAAACGACAUUUUAUUCCCUGUUUGGUGCACUACUGUUGACCAAAGCCCUAUUCAGAAGGGCACUAUAUCAGGAAUAGGGUGGAAUUUGUGACACAGGCUCUAUUUCUGUCAUAGUAGUACCGGCAGCUCUGGUUAGCCUGAGUAUUAUGGUACAUCUUUAUUGGUCUGUCUAGGUACCAGGGUAGUAUGGUCUGUCUGUAUUGGUCUGUCUAGGUACCAGGGUAGUAUUGGUCUGUCUGUAUUGGUCUGUCUAGGUACCAGGUCUGUAUUGGUCUGUCUAGGUGCCAGAGUAGUAUGGUCUGUCUGUAUUGGUCUGUCUAGGUACCAGGGUAGUAUGGUCUGUCUGUAUUGGUCUGUCUACGUACCAGGGUAGUAUGGUCUGUCUGUAUUGGUCUGUCUAGGUACCAGGGUAGUAUGGUCUGUCUGUAUUGGUCUGUCUAGGUACCAGGUCUGUAUUGGUCUGUCUAGGUGCCAGAGUAGUAUGGUCUGUCUGUAUUGGUCUGUCUAGGUACCAGGUCUGUAUUGGUCUGUCUAGGUACCAGGUCUGUAUUGGUCUGUCUAGGUGCCAGAGUAGUAUGGUCUGUCUGUAUUGGUCUGUCUGUAUUGGUCUGGGUACGUACCAGGGUAGUAUGGUCUGUCUGUAUUGGUCUGUCUGUAUUCGUCUGGGUAUGUACCAGGGUAGUAUGGUCUGUCUGUAUUGGUCUGUCUAGGUACCAGAGUAGUAUGGUCUGUCUGUAUUGGUCUGUCUGUAUUGGUCUGUCUGUAUUGGUCUGGGUAAGGGUGGAGACCAGGACAAGUUCAGGGCAGAUGCUUGAAGGGAGGUUCCCCUGUCUUGUUCUAUGAAAGCAGAAGCCUGGAAUACACACGGAUCAUCAUUAUGUUUCUCUGUUGUUUAUCAGUGAAAAUACACAAAUGUAAUUACAGUGAUAUUCAGCUCAAAUUACAGGUUUGAAAACCAAAGGGUUUAUUUGCAAAUAAAGGGAAUUGUAUACAAGUACAAUGAAGCUUGGUCUAGCUGGGUUAUAUUUGAGAGGGGGUAUGUUAUGCUGUGAGACAUACUGUAUAUAUUGUAUGCAGUGAGUUGGUGAGGAAAGGGGCAGCCAGGCUGGGGUGAUUGUGACUUUGACCGCCAUUCCUUGUCAGAGUUCAAACAACAACCCCAUGCUGUCGAAUGGGUUGGAAACAUAGGGUACAUCCUAAAUGGCAGCCUAGUCCCUAUAUAGUGCACUACUUUAUGGCACCCUAUUCCCUAUAUAGCGCACUACUUUGGACCAGGGCCCAAGUAUAGAGUGCUAUUUGGUAUGCACCUACACACAGCCCUGAUCUGAAGUAUACAAAACAAAUUAGGCUUUAUAUAGAUGGGUUCCACUGGGGUAAUGCCAUGUAUGGUUACAGGGGGUAAUGGUGUGUAAGGUUACAGGGGGUAAUGCUGUGUUACAGGGGGUAAUGUUUUGUAUGGUUACAGGGGGUAAUGCUGUGUAUGGUUACAUGGGGUAAUGCCGUGUAUGGUUACAGGGGGUCAUGGUGCGUAUGGUUACAGGGGGUAAUGCCAUGUAUGGUUACAGGGGGGGUAAUGCUGUGUAUGGUUACAGGGGGUAAUGCCAUGUAUGGUUACAGGGGUAAUGCUGUGUAUGGUUACAGGGGGUAAUGCUGUGUAUGGUUACAGGGGGUAAUGCCAUGUAUGGUUACAAGGGGGUAAUGGUGCGUAUGGUUACAUGGGGUAAUGUUUGUAUGGUUACAGGGGGUAAUGUUUUGUAUGGUUACAGGGGGUAAUGCUGUGUAUGGUUACAGGGGGUAAUUCCGUGUAUGGUUACAGGGGGUAAUGGUGUGUAUGGUUACAGGGGGUAAUGUUGUGUAUGAUCACAGGGGGUAAUGCUGUGUAAGUGUGUAAGGUUACAUGGGGUAAUGUCGUGUAAGGUUACAGGGGAUAAUGGUGUGUAUGGUUACAGCGGGUAAUGAUGUGUAUGAUUACAUGGGGAUAAUGUUGUGUAUGAUUACAGGGGGUCAUGUUGUGUAUGGUUACAGUGGAUAAUGUUUUGUGAGGUUAUCGAGGGUACUGUUGUGUAUGGUUAAAGGGGGUAAUGAUGUGUAUGAUUACAGGGGAUAAUGUAGUGUAUGGUUACAGGGCAUAAUGCUGUAUAUGAUUACAGGGGGUAAUGUUGUGUAUGGUUACAAGGCAUAUUGUUGUGUAUGGUUAGAGGGGGUAAUGCUGUGUAUGGUUACAUGGGGUAAUGUCAUGUAUGAUUACAAGGAGUAAUGUUGUGUAUGGUUACAGGGGAUAAUGUUGUGUAAGGUUAUUGAGGGUACUGUUGUGUAUGGUUAAAGGGGGUAAUGGUGUGUAUGGUUAUAGGGGGUAAUGCUGUGUAUGGUUAUAGGGGAUAAUGCUGUGUAUGGUUACAGGGCGUAUUGUUGUGUAUGGUCACAGGGGGUAAUGCUGUGUAUGGUUAUAUGGGAUAAUGCUGUGUAUGGUUACUGGGCGUAUUGUUGUGUAUGGUUGUAUGGGGUAAUGCUGUGUAUGGUUAAAGGGGGUAAUGUUGUGUAUGGUUAAAGGGGGUAAUGUUGUGUAAGGUUAAAGGGGGUAAUGUUGUGUAAGGUUAUCGAGGGUACUGUUGUGUAUGGUUAAAGGGGGUAAUGUUGUGUAUGGUUACAGGGCAUAAUGUUGUGUAUGGUUACAGGGGGUAAUGUUGUGUAUGGUUAUCGAGGGUACUGUUGUGUAUGGUUAAAGGGGGUAAUGUUGUGUAUGGUUAAAGGGGGUAAUGUUGUGUAUGGUUACAGGGCAUAAUGUUGUGUAUGGUUACAGGGGGUAAUGUUGUAAAGGAAAUAUAGUACUACCAUGAGAUGGUGGGGAGGCCAUGCUGGUUAUUGCCUGAGUUACUUUGACCGCCUGUCCUUUUAAGAGGUCAAACAACGACAUGAGAUAAUUCAUCUACUAGUCCGGCUCAGUGGGAGUUUCAACUUUAGUGUAUAUCAGUUUCUGUUCUGUCCCUAGUUCUCUUUCUGUUGUAGAAAGAUGUAUGUACUUGUUGUUGCAGUCUUUUAUGGGAGAUGCCAUCACCCUUUCUUUUUAAAGAUAUUUUUAAUGUUGUAAUUAUGAAAUGAUAAAGACAAAACAUGUUAUGUCAAAAUGUAGAAAAAUUAUAUAUAUUUUUUUUUUAACUAAAUGUAAUCUAAAAUGUAAUCUACGUAAUCCUCUAAAGUAAUUAUUUAUCAUGAGAGGGUCAUAAAUAUUAACUAGUGAUGCUGCAUAUUUGUAGAAAGGUUCAAAUCUCACCUUUUUGGUAAAAAUCGUUAUAAAUUGCUGAGGUGUAGUCACUUUUGAGGACACAAGAUCAAGUAUACAGUACAAAUAUGAUACAUAUUUUGUAUUACGUCAUUCCUUUUCAACAAAACUAUACGAAUAAGUCUUGAAAUGACUUAUGUGCUUUGUAAAUAUAUUAUAAUCAAAUAAUGAAACAACUAAGUAUAAGAUUUCACCUUCCUUAUAACUGUAAAAUACAUACUUGUAUGUUUAGUGUUAGAGAAAAAUGUGCACAUUUUCUAAAACUCUUCUCAUUUGUUGAAAACAUCUGCCCCAUCACUGAGAACACCUCACAGAGCUCUAGUUUGGCUUCCUGAACUCGCUAGUAAAACUCGCCUUUCAUCUCAUAUUCAUAUGACAAAUCUGUGUUUUUGUAUAUUUUUUAUAUUUUUAAUCUAUGAAUUAUUUUAGAUGAACGGCUAUAAAUCAAUCUCUGAUGAAACCACUCUCUCCUGCUGUGCUACGAUGUCAGGGUUUUUCCGGCAUGUGUUUUGUCAGUUGUUUGUGACGUAGGGUUCAGCCGGGAGUUGAUGGACAGUCGGAAGAGCGAAUUAAAAUGGUGGGAGGGACAUCCCAGCGUCAAGUGGUUUCAGGUUUCACAUCCCACGUCACACAGGCUCAGACAAUAUACUACUGUGUCCGUGGGAACAAGGACUGUCGUUCACAGCAAGCCAUUUCCAUCUAAAUUGUCUACAGAUCGAUUUAUAAGCGAAAAUGUUGGUUGGAACCGGUCCCAGGACAAUGCAGGUCCCCCAAAACAGGGGACUUUACAUCAGUAUAGGCCAUAUAUUUAUGUUACAGUUUUAUUUAAUCCAGAUGAAAAUAAAGUUGUAUCU